AUGAUCUUCUCUUGCAGAUCUGUGGUUCAAAGUCCUGCGAGCUUGGUCACACAUUACCCUCCAAAUACUGCAAGAUUACUUGACGUUCAAACCCAAGGAACAUACCAGUCUCAGUUAGAGACCGAGGGACAUCCAUCUCUACAGCCUUUCCCAUACCCCUCCAUCAGCAUUGAUCCUAUCGAAGGACUUGACGAUUUUCCUGGCUCCGGGCCCUUUACCCCUUUCGCUUCAGCUCCAGCAGCAGUAGUCACUGUUACAGUCACCGUAACUUCUACUGUAUAUCAAUCGAGCACCAGCCGGAACAGUAGCAGCGACAUUCACAGAUCUUUUACAGCCAAAGCUACUGCUUCUCUCUCAAGAAUGGAUGGUCAAGAUAUCUUCGAGACAGUCUCCUUGGAUGCUGUCCCUACGAACAUUCCCGUAAAGGAAGUUCAUCCCGUGCCGAAAGUUGGAAUUGUGAACACAACUACUCCCAUUGAAACCAAUAAAUUCUACGCAAACUUCUUUUUAGGAACUCAGGCCACAUCUUCCUUUACUCAGCCUUAUUCUCUGGUAUGGUCAAAGGGCGGUGGAAAUGCUCAGAGUUGGGGAUUGGCGAUCUCUCAUAUCGACCUGGAUCAACUGGUAUAUGGGAACAAAAGCAACGCACUCCCAGGCAAUCCAGUAGAGUAUUACUUGAAUCCCAUUGGCUUGCAGUCUAUCACUCUCUCUGCGAGCGAAUUGGGUCCUUCUACUGUCUUGAACACCGACCGGAUGACAGGCUUCUCUGCCGAUGUCAUUCUGCGGCCUUCUGAUCAGUCAAGCAACAGCAUUACUUUUCCUGUGCUCCAGGGCAUGGGUUUUGUGACCGGUAUCUAUACAGGACUACAACCACUUGUACAAAGCUGCAUCACAUUUCAGGACUUGGUGUGUGUGGGUGCGAUCGGUCAAGGAACAUAUAAAUACCGUGUCACUCUGGCAGAUGGAAAGAGUUGGCUGUUCUACGUCACGCCUGAUAACGACACCGGUGUCGAGCCAGCUUUCAACUUCGGCGAUUCAAGCACUACCAUUCAAGGACCGUCGGGGUUUUCUGGUACGAUACAAGUCGCAAAGAAUCCUGCGGGUGGUUCAGGCGAAGUUGUGUAUGAUGCAAGUGCUGGUGUAUACGCUAGAUCUGCCAGUAUCAAUGGGGCUGUCAGUGACUACACUGGUACAUAUGGAUUGACUUGGGAAAAGGCUGGCCAGACUGCUACGAAUAAACCUGUUUUGAUGUUCGCAUUGCCCCAUCACGUCGAAUCAUUCGAUGCGCAAACACGGACUGCUGUGUACCCAUUACAACUACGCUCAACUACCAAAGGAAACAUGACGGCUGUGGCCGCCGAUCAAUGGACCAUGGUUGAGAGCGAUCUUCCAAUCGAUAUGGACUUUGCGCCGUGGUCACCAUCUCUCGGCAGUGUUGGGACAUUUUCAUCGGAUGUCCAGCAGACUAUCUACUCUGCGGCAGAAAGCGAGCUGACCCCUGAUGUCGAUCCGCAAAGUAAUCUCAACAGCAUGUACUAUAGCGGCAAGGUCUUGAGCAAGUUUGCUACUUUGGUAUAUACCGUCCAUGAGCUUGCCAACAACCCAGACCUGGCUGCAUCCACGCUUGAUGGUCUCAAGAAGGCUUUUACGCGCUUUGUGAAUAACGAACAGCAGUUCCCCCUGGUUUAUGAUAACACUUGGAAAGGAGUCGUAUCCAGUGCUGCGUAUGCUACGAACGACCUGAACCAGGACUUUGGUAAUUCUGGCUACAACGACCAUCACUUUCAUUAUGGGUAUUUCAUCCACGCGGCUGCAAUCAUCGGUGCCCUCGAUCCCUCCUGGCUUAAUGAUGCCAACAAAGCGUGGGUGAACAUGCUGGUUCGUGAUGCCGGUAACUCUGUAUCUAACGAUCCUUCUUUCCCUUUUUCGCGCGCCUUUGAUUGGUUCCACGGACAUUCUUGGGCUAAGGGUCUUUUUGAAUCGGCUGAUGGGAAGGAUCAAGAGUCAACAUCGGAAGAUGCCAUGUUUGCAUACGCCGUGAAGAUGUGGGGAAAGACUAUUGGCGACAAGAGUAUGGAAGCUAGAGGAAAUAUGAUGUUGGCCUUGUUGCGGAGGUCAUUGAAGAACUACUUCCUCAUGGAAGACGAUAAUUUGAACCAUCCAAGCAACUUUAUCGGAAACAAGGUUACUGGCAUACUGUUUGAGAACAAGGCUCAUCAUACUACUUACUUUGGUACCAAUCUCGAGUUCAUCCAAGGCAUUCAUAUGCUUCCUCUGCUACCUUCAUCCGCAUAUACUCGCAACGAAACGUUUGUGAAACAAGAAUGGGAAGCCAUGUUCGCUCAAGCAGCCUGCACACCAGCGUCCUCUGUAUCAUCGGGCGGGUGGAAAGGAGUGCUAUUCGCCAACCAGGCCAUCAUAGACCCAGCGAAUGCAUACGACUUUUUCAACCAGCCAAACUUCAACAUGACCUGGAUUGAUGGCGGAGCUACGCGUACAUGGUAUCUUGCAUAUGCUGCAGGUCUAAAAGGUGGAAACUAA